GGUGCCCCCGCCUGCGUCUGAGGGACGGGCCUGGCUGCGCUCGGCUUGUAGUUUGGCUGAGGGACGGGCCCGGCGAGGAAACGAACGAGGGUCCCUAUCUCAGCUGACUGACCUUCCCAGCUACCUGGCUGCAUCUCCCUCAUGCCGCUUGGACUAGGCCGUCGAAAGAAGGCCCCACCACUGGUGGAGAAUGAGGAGGCCGAGCCCAUUCGGAGCGGCCUGGGUGUGGUGGGGGUUGGCGGUGUCAGCGGUGUGGCCACUCUUCAGCCUGGCCUUCCCCCACCACCGGCCAACCUCCGCCCCCGCCUUGUUUUUCAUACUCAGCUGGCCCAUGGCAGUCCCACUGGCCGGAUCGAAGGCUUUACCAAUGUUAAGGAAUUGUAUAGCAAAAUUGCUGAAGCCUUCAAAAUCUCACCACUCGAGGUGAUGUUUUGCACAUUAAAUACCCAUAAAGUGGACAUGGACAAGCUUUUGGGUGGCCAAAUUGGCCUGGAAGAUUUCAUCUUUGCUCACAUAAAGGGCCAGAGGAAAGAGGUUGAGGUGUUCAAGUCUGAGGAGGCGCUGGGCUUGACUAUCACAGACAAUGGUGCCGGCUAUGCUUUUAUCAAGAGAAUCAAGGAAGGAAGUGUUAUCGACCGGAUUCAAGUCAUCAACAUCGGCGACAUGAUCGAGUCCAUCAAUGGUCAGAGCCUCAUCGGCUGCCGGCAUUACGAGGUUGCCAAAAUGCUCAAGGAUUUGCCCAAGGGCCGCACUUUUACAAUGAAGCUCACGGAGCCCCGGAAGGCUUUUGAUAUGAUCAGUCAGAGAUCUGCCGGAGCCAAACACAGUGGGAGCGCGCAGCUUGGCACAGGAAGGGGCACGCUGCGGCUUCGGGCCAAGGGACCAGCCACCGUGGAGGAACAGCCAUCUGCAUUUGAGGAGAAAGCCAUUGAGAAGGUGGAUGAUCUUCUGGAAAGCUACAUGGGCAUCCGUGACACAGAGCUGGCCGCGACCAUGGUGGAACUGGGCAAGGACAAGCAGAAUCCCGAUGAGUUCGCUGAGGCCCUGGACGAGCAGCUGGGGGACUUUGCCUUCCCGGACGAGUUUGUCUUUGAUGUCUGGGGAGCCAUCGGGGAUGCCAAGGUCGGGCGCUAUUAGGACUCUGCUCUCGGUUGGACCCUGCAGGCGGGACCAUUGGGCGGGCCCACCGG